AAUGAACGCACCAAAAAAACAAAACAAAAUGAAGAAAAAUCAAUCUUUCCCAAAUCAAAAUCCAAAGCCGGCAGUCACGACCCAUGUUAGAAUAAUCGUUGAAAGAGAGAGAUGACUAGUUGACAAGACGGCUCGAAUUCUUCCUCAAAUUCCAAGUUUUUCCAUAAUAUCUCCACUGAUUUCUUUUUGCUUGGACAGGUGCAGGGGUAAAGGGACUGAUGCAGUGCAGCUUCUUCUAGCAAAUAGCUUAUCUGUUUGAAAUUGUGAAGAGAAUGUCUCCAAAAAGCAAGGAGGAAAACAAGGUAGCUCUUGAUUUGGCUGCUUGGUUGUUCAACAUUGUCACCUCAGUUGGAAUCAUCAUUGUCAAUAAAACCUUGAUGGCUUCCUAUGGUUUCACUUUCGCUACAACUUUAACUGGCCUGCAUUUUGCUGCCACGACCGUGAUGACUCUAAUCCUCAAACGGCAUGGAUACAUCCAGAGCUCGACUCUCCCAGUGUCGGAUCUUGUGAAGUUCGUCUUGUUUGCGAAUUUCUCUAUCGUUGGGAUGAAUGUGAGCUUGAUGUGGAACUCAGUCGGAUUCUAUCAGAUCGCGAAGCUGAGCAUGAUCCCUGUCUCGUGCCUCCUCGAAGUCGUGCUGGACAGAGUGAGGUACUCGAGGGACACCAAGCUGAGCAUUGUGGUCGUUCUGUUGGGCGUGGCGAUCUGUACAGUCAGCGACGUGAGUGUUAAUGCUAAGGGGUUCGUCGCUGCUGUCAUCGCCGUUUGGAGCACUUCUCUGCAGCAGUAUUUUGUUCAUUAUCUUCAACGGAAGCACUCCAUUGGUUCGUUCAACUUGUUAGGCCACACGGCACCACCCCAGGCUGCAUCGUUGCUGCUGGUCGGGCCCUUCAUGGACUACUGGCUGACGAGCAAGAGGGUAGACGCGUACAACUACACCUUCUCAUCAACUAUGUUUGUUGGAAUGUCUUGUGCCAUUGCAAUAGGAACCAAUCUAAGCCAGUUCAUCUGCAUAGGAAGAUUCACAGCCGUUUCGUUCCAAGUGCUCGGGCACAUGAAAACCAUCCUCGUGCUAACGCUAGGCUUCCUUUUCUUCGGGCGAGAGGGGCUCAACCUACAUGUGGUUGUCGGGAUGGUGAUUGCAGUGGUUGGGAUGGUAUGGUACGGUCAUGCCUCGUCUCAGCCAGGUGGGAAGGAACGGGUCUCGUCUAGCAACAAACUAGACGAGGAAGCAGUCGCACUGGUGAAAUCAAACGAGGCGGAGGGGAAGGUCUAGCCGUGGCAGAAUGAGCUUGUGUGAGGUGAAUUUUGGCACUAAAUGGUAGAGAUAUAUACAUAUAGGAUUUGUCAUUUGUUGAUUGAACUCACUUGAAACUGAUAUAGUGUUUCAGGAUAAGUGAGUCUAGAUUGUCAUUGCCAAGAAUUUGCAUAUUCUACAAUGGCUUUCAAUUAAAAGAAAUAGAUAAAUUCCUUAUGAAGCUAAA